AUGGGGCAGGCGAAUUCCACGUUCGAAAGGCCACACUCGCCCCCCACCUCGCCCGUCGGCCGCUACAACUUCCCUCCGCCGCUCUUUCCGCCCUCCCCUUCCGCCGCGAUCCCCUCCCCGCGCCUGACCACUCCGCGCGCGUGGCAUCUGGACGUCGUGCGCGCGGUCUUCUCCGACAGCGACUGCGUGCACGACGCCGUGUCGGGCCUCUUAACUCAUCGCUCGCUGUCGCUGGGGCAGGCGCUGUCGCACAGGCACGUGGGAAGCAGCCAAUCAGAGGCGCGCGCUAAGCCUGGCGAAAGUCGCACAGCUUCGCAGGGGCAUCUGGGGCUGGAGGCUGCGAAAGUGGAAGAAGUGUUCGUGGUGGGGCUGGCGAUGUGGGUCGAAUUCUGGAAGCAAUGGGCCAAACCUGCCAGCCACGGCGCCGAAGCUGCAGCCUCGGCGCUAGGCUCGGGAUUAGGCUCGGCGGGGCAGGGGGGGAAGCUGGGGAGGGGGGCCGGGCAGUGGGGGCGGAAGGGCGCGGAAGGGGGGCUGCGGAGUCUGAAGAAGCGGAGGGAGAGGAUGAGGCGGAAAGAAGGGGGGAAAGGGGGAGGUGCGGGGAAGGAUGGGGGAGUUUUGGGCAAAGAGGGGAAGGAGAGGGUUCUAGGGGGUAAUUCCGUGCUGGAAGUGCAGUUGGAUGGGUUAAGUUGCAAGAAACCCUUGGAAGAAGGGACGUUUUUCUCAGUUGACCUGGGGGAUGAGGAGGGGGAUAAAGGGGGAAGAGGGGAGGCGGAGGGGGGGAUGGAGAGUAUCGAUUUGACUAGUGGGAGGGGGGGAGGGGAGGGGGAGAAGGGGCAGACGGGGAGGAAGGGGAGGAAGGGGGGAACACGGGCAGGAUUCUGGAAGCUUCAGGUAGAGGGCGACCUGCGGGCGGAGGCCGGGCGGCAACUGCAGGAGCAGCUUUUGGCGGAUCUGCUGGAUGGGCGGCAGGGCGCUCUGGGCGGCAAGCAGGGCGCAUGGGGGGAGGUCAGCAGUCCUGCAGGUACCCCCACUCCCUCCCCUCCUCCCCCGCCCCCUCCGCUGCAACACACUGAUGUGGUGCGGGUGCUGGGGUUGGCAGCAGCAGCGUCUAAUUGUCUGCCUUGCCUGCUAGACUUAGUAGACGCCUUGGCUCUUAAAUGCCGGUUAAGACUACAACCCCCCACUGCCAGCGCGUAUCUAGAAGGAAUGGGGGGGGUCAACGGGGUGGUUGCUGGGAUGGAAGGUUAUGGACUGGAGGGGUACGGGAUGGGGGGGUAUGGGGGAGUGGCGACGCCUACAGGGAGUGUGACAGUGAUAAAGGGGUUCCGGGAAGACGAGGAGAGUGCAGCAGGGAGUGUGUCAGGUGGCAAGGGCACGAGAAGCAGCACAGCAGGUGGCGGCAGCAGCAGUACCUCACCACUGCUCAACGGAGUCAACCCGGCUCUCUUCCAGCGCCAGCCUUCCUGGGCGUCCGGCAAGCCUGCUGCUGCCACUGCCACUGCUGCUGGUGGCCGUUCCUCGCUGUACCGUCAGCCGUCCUGGGGUGGCGGUGGGGGAGACAGUGCGUUGUUUCAGCGCCAGCCGUCGUGGCAGGGGGGUGCGUCGCCUUUCCAGCGGCAGCCGUCCAUUGGCUUCCGCAACAAGAUCGGUGCCUUGUUCCUGGGGGACGAGCGGGGGGCAGGAGGGGACGGUGCGGAGGAGGAGGGCGGCAUGGGGGAUCUGUCGAGGCUGUGGAGGAGGCAUGGGACGAUAGGCUCGGGUGUGGGUCGGGCAGGAAGCAUGUCCAUCUCUAAUGCUCCUGCUCCCAUGCGCCGCGCCACUGCUGGAGCCGCCACUGGUGCUGGUGGUGCUGGUGGUGCUGGUGGUGCUGGAGGGGAGUUAGCAUCCUCUGCAUCUGUCUCUGCUGCAGGGUUCUUUGGUCCCACGCGACUCACAGAGCUGGCAGAGCUGGCACUCGUUCGAUCCAUUCUCCACGCCCCUCCCAGCACCACGGCUGGCAGGACCAGCCUAGCUCCCACCCCUCCCAACACCUCUCCCCAUGGUCCUUCCAACGCCCCUACCAACGCCCCCACCACCAACCAGUCCACUUCCUACUCGCACCGUCUUCGCCAGCUGGACUCGCUUCUCACCACGCACGCGCUCGGCCCCGGGAUUCUCGCCCUCGUUUUGGCCGGGGAAGUUGCGGAACUACCCCAUUUGACCCAGGAGGACCUGUGGCUUUUAGCCGAUAGAGCAGACGAGAUGGGGUGUAUGGAGGCGGCUAUAAGAAUCUCUCUUAGGGCCGCCGCUGUCGCUUAUGAUGAUUUGGAUACUGUAGCGGAUACGGUCCGGGCGGCGAUGGUGCCUAAUGGGACGGAGCCCGUGCCGCAGCGGAUCCACCGGCUGCUCGGGGCGGCGCAUUUCGGACUGACGCACGCGCCGUCGGGCGGCGUGCGGUGGCAGUAUGCGAUGGCGUUCGGGGCGGCGUUUUUGGAGCCUCUGCGGGCGGCUGCUGCUGCCAGUGCUGCUGCUGAGGCGAGGAGCAGAGCGCUGGGGUGUGGCAGGGAGUGGGGUGGCAUAGGCGGGGGAAGAGGAGGGACAGGAAUGGGAGUGGGAGGGGGCUUGGGGUCUGGAGGAGCAGCAGGAGGAGGAGGAGCAGCAGGAGGAGGAGGAGCAGCAGGAGGAGGAGUACUAAGAGCAGGAGGAGAGGCAGCAGCAGGGGGGACAGCAACAGCGGUAGGAGCAGGGGGAGCAGCGAGGAGGGGAGUGAGCUACCCGUGGGCAUACGAGCUGGCCAACGGGUUUCUGCAGCUGAGUCGCGUGUUCGGGGCACCACCGUCUCGCGAGGAGCAGGAGCGCGCGGGCGAGAUGAGCGCCCUAUGCGCGCGGUUCGUGCUCAGACUGGCCAUUGAGCCGCUGCUGGUGGUGGAAGAAGAGGGGGAGGAGGAGGGGGAUGGGGAGGAGAAAAAGGAGGAGAAAGGGGAGGAGGGGGUGGAGAGGGGAGGGACCGAGGGGGAAGGGGGAGAGGGGAAAGGGGCCGAGGGGGAACGAAUGGAGGUGGAAGGGGAAGGGGAGGGGGAGGGGGAUGGGGAAGGGGAAAGGGACGGGGAUGGGGAGGGGAAGGAGGAGAAAGGGGCGGACGGUGUGGAAGGGAAGGGGGCGGAGGGGGAAUGGGCAGAGGGGAAAGGGGCGGAGGGGAAAGGGGAGGAGGGGAAAGCGAACGGAACAGAAGGGAAGGGGGACGAAGAGAAAGGGGAGGAGGGGAGGAAGGGGGAGGUUGAGCGGGACAGCGAGAGGGCGACAGGUAGAGAGGAAGAGGGGAAUGAAAGCGACGGUGACGGCGAGAACGUGAUCAUCUAUGCCGGGCAGUACUAUGGGAGCAGUGCAGUGCAGCGCGAUGGGAAGAGCGUGCGGCCGUUCCGCAGCAAGAGUGUGCAAUCGGGUGAUGGCAACAAGAGUGUGCGGCAGUGCGAUGGCAGCCGGGCAGGAGAGACAGGGGAGACGUUUGAGCUUGAGCCGACUCAUAGGUCGUUCCGCAGCAAGAGUAUGAGAUUGGGCGAUGGGGGCAGCAGGGCAGAAGAGACGGGCGAGGGGCGGGCGAUUGCGAGCUUCUUCACAACUAAGGAAAGCGCUCUCAAGGCGGUGCUGGAGCGAGGGGGUGAGGAUGAAGGCGGUGUGGAGGAGGAGGGUGUGAAGGAGGUUCGGGAAGGACAGGGGGCUGUGGAUGCAAGGGCUGUGGGUGCAGGGGCUGUGGAUGCAAGGGCUGUGGGUGCAGGGGCUGUGGGUGCAGGGGCUGUGGGUGCAGGGGCUGUGGGUGCAGGGGCUGUGGGUGCAGGGGCUGUGGGUGCAGGGGCUGUGGGUGCAGGGGCUGUGGGUGCAGGGGCUGAAGGAAGAGGGGGAUGUGAAGAGGGGGUGAAGGAAGGAGGUGCAGAUGUGGCUUUGCAUGGGCAGCGAGCGGUGAGUGCGCCGCGGGCUCUGAAUGCGGUGAGUGCGCCGGGGGCUCUGCAUGUGGUUUUGGAAGGAGAGGAGGCGGGCAGUAGGGUUGACAAGAAGAGUGAGGAGGGGAGUGAGGGGGAGAGGAUUUAUGGAGAGGUGUGCGAGGAGGGGAGUGAGGAGGAGGGGGAGGAAAAGCAAGAUGAGGAGGAGGAAGAGGAGGAGGAGGAGCAAGGCGAGGCGAGCUUCUCAUUCGCUAAAACCUCCACCAUACAUUCACGCGAAUCCUCCUCUCCCCAACAACUACUGCCGUCCCUCCCGCCCUUCACCAUUUUCCCAAAAUCCUCCUCGUCCUCCUCUUCAGCCUCUACCACUCGCACCUCCACCUCUCUCGCCUCUUCCACCGCUACUGCCACCACGUCCACCUCAUCCCGCCCUCCACCUUUCUCCCUGCACACCCAAAACGGCCGCAUCACUCCCCGACCCUCCCCGCUAGGCUCGGCAGUGGCAGAAGGCCCGGACGGCAAACCGGCCGAGGCUGAUCAGGAGGCUCGGCAGCGGCAGGUUCGGGAGGCGGCGCUGGUUCGGUGGGCGGCGGAAGUGAGCUUCCCAGGCGUGGAGGUGGGGUGGGCGCAGUGGAAGGCGGUGGGAGGGCUGCUGGAGAGGGAAAGCGCACUGGCACAUAAGGCUCUGCCUGUCAUGUGGGGGAAGGCAGUCAAAGGGACGUUCAAGGUAAGGCUUGUUCUGAAACAACUUGGAAUCUUCAAGGUGAGAUCUGUUUUGAGACACGACUGGCUGUGUGAGUGGUUGUGCUUGGCUUCUGGAGAAGCAGAGCGCGUUGGCUCACAAGGCUCUGCCUGUCAUGUGGGGGAAAGCGGUCAAAGGGACGUUCAAGGUGAGACUUUCCUUUUUAAAGAGGAUUGGCCUAUGGGAAGUGGGUGGAUUGGCCUAUGGGAAGUGGGUGGAUUGGCCUAUGGGAAGUGGGUGGAUUGGCCUAUGGGAAGUGGGUGGAUUGGCCUAUGGGAAGUGGGUGGAUUGGCCUAUGGGAAGUGGGUGGAUUGGCCUAUGGGAAGUGGGUGGAUUGGCCUAUGGGAAGUGGGUGGAUUGGCCUAUGGGAAGUGGGUGGAUUGGCCUAUGGGAAGUGGGUGGAUUGGCCUAUGGGAAGUGGGUGGAUUGGCCUAUGGGAAGUGGGUGGAUUGGCCUAUGGGAAGUGGGUGGAUUGGCCUAUGGGAAGUGGGUGGAUUGGCCUAUGGGAAGUGGGUGGAUUGGCCUAUGGGAAGUGGGUGGAUUGGCCUAUGGGAAGUGGGUGGAUUGGCCUAUGGGAAGUGGGUGGAUUGGCCUAUGGGAAGUGGGUGGAUUGGCCUAUGGGAAGUGGGUGGAUUGGCCUAUGGGAAGUGGGUGGAUUGGCCUAUGGGAAGUGGGUGGAUUGGCCUAUGGGAAGUGGGUGGAUUGGCCUAUGGGAAGUGGGUGGAUUGGCCUAUGGGAAGUGGGUGGAUUGGCCUAUGGGAAGUGGGUGGAUUGGCCUAUGGGAAGUGGGUGGAUUGGCCUAUGGGAAGUGGGUGGAUUGGCCUAUGGGAAGUGGGUGGAUUGGCCUAUGGGAAGUGGGUGGAUUGGCCUAUGGGAAGUGGGUGGAUUGGCCUAUGGGAAGUGGGUGGAUUGGCCUAUGGGAAGUGGGUGGAUUGGCCUAUGGGAAGUGGGUGGAUUGGCCUAUGGGAAGUGGGUGGAUUGGCCUAUGGGAAGUGGGUGGAUUGGCCUAUGGGAAGUGGGUGGAUUGGCCUAUGGGAAGUGGGUGGAUUGGCCUAUGGGAAGUGGGUGGAUUGGCCUAUGGGAAGUGGGUGGAUUGGCCUAUGGGAAGUGGGUGGAUUGGCCUAUGGGAAGUGGGUGGAUUGGCCUAUGGGAAGUGGGUGGAUUGGCCUAUGGGAAGGUGGGUGGAUUGGCCUAUGGGAAGUGGGUGGAUUGGCCUAUGGGAAGUGGGUGGAUUGGCCUAUGGGAAGUGGGUGGAUUGGCCUAUGGGAAGUGGGUGGAUUGGCCUAUGGGAAGUGGGUGGAUUGGCCUAUGGGAAGUGGGUGGAUUGGCCUAUGGGAAGUGGGUGGAUUGGCCUAUGGGAAGUGGGUGGAUUGGCCUAUGGGAAGUGGGUGGAUUGGCCUAUGGGAAGUGGGUGGAUUGGCCUAUGGGAAGUGGGUGGAUUGGCCUAUGGGAAGUGGGUGGAUUGGCCUAUGGGAAGUGGGUGGAUUGGCCUAUGGGAAGUGGGUGGAUUGGCCUAUGGGAAGUGGGUGGAUUGGCCUAUGGGAAGUGGGUGGAUUGGCCUAUGGGAAGUGGGUGGAUUGGCCUAUGGGAAGUGGGUGGAUUGGCCUAUGGGAAGUGGGUGGAUUGGCCUAUGGGAAGUGGGUGGAUUGGCCUAUGGGAAGUGGACGGGACCAUCCAGAGCAGCAGAUUUGUGAAGUGCUCUCUGUGGUGCUCUCUGUGGUGCUCUCUGUGGUGCUCUCUGUGGUGCUCUCUGUGGUGCUCUCUGUGGUGCUCUCUGUGGUGCUCUCUGUGGUGCUCUCUGUGGUGCUCUCUGUGGUGCUCUCUGUGGUGCUCUCUGUGGUGCUCUCUGUGGUGCUCUCUGUGGUGCUCUCUGGGGGCACCACAUUUGCAUUGACAGGGAACCAUUCCAGAGCAGCAGGUGCUAGAGGUGCUCGACUGGGGGCUGGAGACACGCUGGCUCUUGAGAACUCGCUGGCUCUUGAGAACUCGCUGGCUCUUGAGAACUCGCUGGCUCUUGAGAACUCGCUGGCUCUUGAGAACUCGCUGGCUCUUGAGAACUCGCUGGCUCUUGAGAACUCGCUGGCUCUUGAGAACUCGCUGGCUCUUGAGAACUCGCUGGCUCUUGAGAACUCGCUGGCUCUUGAGAACUCACUGGCUCUUGAGAACUCGCUGGCUCUUGAGAACUCGCUGGCUCUUGAGAACUCGCUGGCUCUUGAGAACUCGCUGGCUCUUGAGAAUUCUCAGAAACCAACUUCCCACAGCAGUGACGCCAGACGGGGCCAUACCAGAGCAGCAGAUGCUAGCCCCAUCCCCCCCACAAUCCGUCUUCUCCCUCUCCGUCAUUUCCCUCCCACCCCACAGGCAGUGACACCAGAUGGGGCCAUCCCAGAGCAGCAGGUGUUAGAGGUGUUCGACUGGGGGCUGGAAGGGCUGCUCAUCACGCUCACCACCCUCACAUCAUUCCUGUCUCCCUUCCUCCACCCCUCUCUCUCCUCUUACAGGCAGUGA